CAGAGUGGUACUGUCUGCCGUCAGCGGGCGCUCUGUCUGGAAUGGAGAACAACCGAACUUAUCUUUGUGAAGUCUGAGUUUCUAUUCACUUUUUGAUUUCACAUUUAACGCAAAACUUACAGUUACUUUUUUGUAUAACGAUAGUAGUUGUGUGCAUUGUUUUUGGGAAAGAUGUCUAUAUUGCCGUUUACACCCCCGAUUGUGAAGAGGCUGCUAGGUUGGAAAAAAGGAGAGCAGAACGGACAGGAGGAGAAAUGGUGCGAAAAAGCAGUGAAGAGUCUUGUCAAAAAGUUGAAGAAGACUGGACAACUGGAGGAGCUGGAAAGGUCCAUUACAACCCAGAAUGUAAACACGAAAUGCAUCACCAUACCGAGGUCUCUGGACGGCCGUCUGCAGGUGUCCCACAGGAAGGGUCUCCCCCACGUCAUCUACUGCCGUCUGUGGCGCUGGCCCGACCUGCAGUCGCACCACGAGCUGCGCGCCAUCGACCUGUGCGAGUUCGCCUUCCACACGAAGAAGGAUGAGGUGUGCGUCAACCCCUACCACUACCAGCGCGUGGAGACUCCAGUGCUGCCUCCUGUGCUGGUUCCGCGCUACUCUGAGAUCCCCACUGAGUUCCCUCCGCUGGAUGACUACAGCCACUCCAUCCCUGAGAACACCAACUUCCCCGCUGGCAUCGAACCGCAGAGCAACUACAUCCCUGAGACGCCUCCUCCGGGUUACCUUAGCGAGGAUGGGGAGACCAGCGACCACCAGAUGAACCACGGCAUGGACACAGGCUCUCCAAACCUGUCGCCCAAUCCGGUCUCACCCGCCAACAGCAACCUGGACCUGCAGCCGGUGACGUACUGCGAGUCGGCGUUCUGGUGCUCCAUCUCCUACUACGAGCUGAACCAGCGCGUGGGCGAGACCUUCCACGCCUCGCAGCCUUCGCUGACCGUGGACGGCUUCACAGACCCGUCCAACGCCGAGCGCUUCUGCCUGGGCCUGCUGUCCAACGUCAACCGCAACGCCGCUGUGGAGCUCACGCGACGCCACAUCGGUCGGGGUGUACGGUUGUACUACAUCGGAGGAGAGGUAUUUGCAGAGUGUCUUAGUGACAGCGCCAUCUUUGUCCAGAGCCCCAACUGCAACCAGCGCUACGGCUGGCACCCGGCUACAGUCUGCAAGAUCCCGCCAGGUUGCAACCUGAAGAUCUUUAACAACCAAGAGUUUGCAGCGCUGCUGGCCCAGUCGGUGAACCAGGGCUUCGAGGCCGUCUACCAGCUCACCCGCAUGUGCACUAUACGCAUGAGCUUCGUCAAGGGCUGGGGUGCAGAAUACAGGCGCCAGACUGUGACUAGCACCCCCUGCUGGAUCGAGCUGCACCUGAACGGGCCGCUGCAGUGGCUGGACAAGGUCCUCACGCAGAUGGGCUCCCCCACCAUCCGCUGCUCCAGCGUGUCCUAGACCAGAGACACCGUCCGUCUGUCGCCCCGUCAACAUCCUGGCAACCAACCACACCCCCCCUCAUCCUCGCCCGGCAAGAUGGCAUACAGGAACCCCUCCGCCAUCUCUCACACACACACACACACACACACUUACACACACACACAGUCUGCUAGGCUGAGGAAAAGCCUAGAACAUCAGAUGGUGAUUUUGUUGAAAAAGAGCCCACCCUUUCUCCUGGAGAGCAGUCCACCACUUCAACAGGUUGUUGCAUUUCACUCAACACGUUUUAAGAAGCACUUUUUUAAAGACAGCUGGUGGUGUAUGCAGCUCUGGCGCGACUCCGGGCCGCGUCUGCCGUCCACUUUGCCGCGUCUGACACGGCGAUAGUGGGGGGCCUCUGUCCAUUUUGCAUGUGGUGACCAGCCGCUGAUGCAUGAGAGCAAUAGUAAUAGGAAAAUGCUCGAUCACCUCAUCUGUACAUUAAUAUUAAUAAUAUAAUAUUGUAUAAUAUUAUAUUAUAAAUAUAUAUAUAUAUAUAUAUAUAUACACCCAUGGAAUAUUCAUCACGUGGACUGAUUCAGGAAAAUAAGAACGCUUUUUUUUGUUAUUGUUAUUGUUGUUGUUGAUGCUCAUUUUCUUUUAAAUGUGAAAGCUCAAAAGACUCGUGCGAGUGUGUAAUGGUUGUCUGGAUGCCGUUGUUGAACUGGAUGACCCCUGGCGCACGGCGGCAGCGUUUGAGGCGGCGGCUGGGCACGGCUCAGGUAUGGAGCCCCGACCUCUGACCCCCCCCACCACAUCGCCACAGCAACCAGCAUGGCCAUCUUCUGCAUGGCUGAGAAAAGAACCGUCCUCAAGUUGAUGGGGAGCAUGAGAACCGUGUUGGGUUUUUUAAAUUUAAGUUUUGUUUUUGUUUUUAGCUACAAGUGUAUGUGUUCAUGUUGAAUGCUAAGCUGUUAGAUUAGUUGGAUAGCUUUCUCACUGAUGAGAUCAUGAACCACAGCACAUCCAUCAAGAUCAAUCAUAUUUAAGGUACUUUUUGGCUAAAGUAGCACAAAACUGUAUUUUGUAUUAUUUUAAAAGCACUUGUCCUAACUACUCUGUGAGGUAGUACUUAAGAAAGAAGUCGUGUUUUGGAUUGGGAUUUCUCUUUGUAAAUGACAUCAUUUGUUGAAAUCGUAGUUGUGCCAUUUCAUUUCUUUUCCAUCACAUUCAAAAAUACUGUUCUUUUGAGCGCAGUUGGUUUUGGAGAUUUUUGUAUUAAUGAUUAUUUUCUGAUGAAUACUCUGAGGGCAUCACAGAGCUGUAUUUUACACUGUGUCCCCUCUUCAAUGGUUGUACAUAAGUGAGUAUAGUAUUGUAAAGAGUGUUUGUACAUUAUUUACUGUUUGGCUACAGGAGGACAAGGUUCAGUGUCAUAGGAGACUUUGUAGAACUCCGGGCAUACUCGUGACACCCACCCACCCACACACACACCUAACCCAACCGCACCGCCCUCCUACCCACUUGGAUGAAUCGGUGAACGUGUGUGCCUCUUUGAGGCCACGUAGUGUGUUUUUCCGAGCGGUUCUUUGCCACGUUAACCCCUAUCCCCCCCUUCACGGCAGAGUCCAGGGUCUGCCCUGCAUCUCGUCAGUUUGUCUUUUUUCCUGACCGUCACACACACACACACACACACACACACACACACACACACACACAUCAUAUCCAUGUCCAUGCCUCGUGUAAAGCAUGUCAAAGGGAUACUUCUCAGGAUCAUUACCUCCUGUUCACACACACACACACAGUAUGUUUAAACAGAGAAAACACUAAACCAGUGUGUGUGUGUUUGUCUCAGACAAAAAAAAAAGAUAUGCACAAUCUUUGUGUAUCUGUGUUCUAUUUUACUACCAGUUAUUUUUGUGCAGACAGAUGUUACUAAGAGUAUUUUGAUGCAAAGAAGAAGAAAAAAAAAAUGGUUCUAAAAAACCCCCUGAAUUUUAAAAACUGAAUAGGAGUCAUAGAGCGAGUACUGCUGGCAGCUCUUGAGAUGUAGUAUUUUUAUGCGCGGGUGGCCACCCUCACAGGACGGACACGCCUCCUAGGGUGACCCACCUGCCCCAAUGUGGUUUCUAAUGAGCCGGGCCCUUAACUUCAGAUGGGCAUUUGUCUUACUCUUUGAUAGAAGAUCAGGCUUACUUAACUGGAUCUGUUUUGUCUUUUGAUGAGUGUUACGAUGAUGAUUUUUCUCUCCCCAGCUCUCUGCGGCUGUAGUCACUCUUGGCUCUUGUUCUUGAGACUAACUAGAGACAGAGAGAGACCAACAGCUGAUGAGCUGAAGCGUGUCGUCCUGUCGGAGGACCUUGCUGAACUGACCCGAGGCCGAGGUGUGGAGGUUAGGGCACUGUGCGUCCACCCCACCUCCGGACCCUCCCCAGGCACAGAUGCGCACAUGUUCCUUUAGCUUAACAUACGGCUGUGCACACCCCCCUAUGUGAAUAUAUAAACGGUGACCAGCUGACCCAAUGCAUGGGAGCUCAGUCGCUCGCAGGCAACAACACGCUCAUGUUUGUGUCUAGUGCAAUCAAUGCUAAAGGAGCUGUGACUUGGUUUCAUUUGAAUCAUUUUGUGUGGCUAUUGAACAUCUCCUUGGCAACGCAACGUUACACUCGCUAUCACCAUGGCACUUGGCCGGAGCCUAGCGUCUCUGUCUGGCGGUCGCGACACGAGUGGGGUGCUAUUGAGCUGAAGGAGCCGAGACACUGAGCUAGAUCUCGGUGAAUUGGCUUUGGGCUGCUCUGGCUUCGAUCUGUUGAGUACUACUUGACAGAAGUGUUUGUGUCCGUGGACUUGGGUGAGAUUUGGGGCUGAAAAGACUUUUGAGGGCUUUGUUGUCUUCGGCGGUGUUGUUUAAGUACUUAACCUUCAUUCUUUGCAUUUGGAUUCUGUCUUACUGGUGCUUAGUUUUGUCCUUUAGUGUCUCCUCUUACAGUCUUUACCCCCUGUACAUGACUUUGUUUUUCUUUGCUUUCAUUGUUUUAAGCUAUUGCAUUGUAUCCAUUUGUUUUGGUAUCCAAGAAUUUUUAAUAAUAAAAAUUGUAUAUUAAACUUU